AUGGCAACACAGGCCAUAGCCUUUGACAACGUGGAAAGAAAGGCUGGUUCACAGAACGGUAUGCCAUUUCCUUACGAUUCCCGACUAGAGAUUGACCCAUGCAGCGAGGAAAUCAUCAUCGUCAACCGCGUUAUCCGCGAUGAUCCCAGCAAAGGAACCAUGCACAACCGCGAGCCCAUCACUCCCAAGCUGCUCUGGAAGAGUCUCUGCAACUACGACCUCUGGCCAAUUUAUAUCAUUGGACUGACAUUCCAGACCCCGAUGAUGCCACCACAGCAGUAUCUGACGCUCACACUACGCGGGCUAGGAGAUUCUUCACAUCACAACGAUGGUCCUCCUGGCGUAUACGGCGAAAGGGCGAACGAGUUGACGCUUAUAUCCGUGCUCGCACACCCAAUCCAAGUUGGCUGGAACUCGCGAAACUCGAAUACUGCGCGUUCCCGCACCGUCUCCGCUACCAUGUAUAACAUGUGCGUCCAAUCCUCCGGCAUCAUCGCCUCCAACAUCUACCGCGAGGACGAUAGCCCGCGAUACCGGCGUGGCAACCGCGCACUUGUGGCCCUUGUAACAGCGAACAUUACCAUCUACUGCCUGACGAAGGUCUGCUAUGUCUGGAAGAACAAGCGGCGCGAGAAAAAGUGGAACACGAUGAGUGAGAUGCAGCAGCUGGAGUACCUGAGUACGACUACGGACGAGGGUAAUAAGCGUUUGGCUUUCAGGCUUGCUCAUUAG